GAAAAUUGGCAGCAUGUUACGCUCUUGUAACACAGGAAAGCAAAAGCCUACUGCACACGGAGUAAUGUAUUGAGUUAUCCAAUCGGAGGGUCAGACUUCUUGCGAGUCCUGACGAGAUGCAGUGUGAGGUAAGUGUAUUGCGCUGUAGGUUGAUCUCCUCAACGACAUGUGCGUGCUCCUAAUGCACUAUCUAAAGGUUCUGGGAAAGCAUGGUGUCAGUAAAUCAUUUUGAGUCCUCAAGAGGCCAGGCCACCCAGGCACAGUAUUCUUCGCCAUGGCAUGGCUGGAGUAACUGUGAGAAAUCUACGAAUUGCAAUCUGGGUCCGGAGCUCAAAUCCUGGUGUUGCAGUGUCUCCGAUUUCAACAUUGCUGUAGAUGCAGGCUGCGGCCCUGGCAUAAGUACAACAGCACUGGCCCCAUACUUCAAGAAAGUGCAUGGCUAUGACAUAUCUGAAGCACAAAUCGCUGAAGCGAAAGCAUUGAACAAAUUUGAAAAUGUUUCCUUCUGUGUGUCACCAGCUGAGAAAAUUCCUGAAAAGAAUGAGUCUGUACAGCUGAUUACAGUAAUGCAGGCUGUUCAUUGGUUUAACUUGGAUGCAUUCUACAAGGAAGUAAAGAGAGUCCUGGUGCCACAUGGGGUAUUGGCACUUGGCGGUUACCUCAUUCCAAAGCCUGUCAGCAAGGACCAGAAGAAGAUGGACAGUAUAAUACAGAAUGAAAUUUACAUGGGAGCGAUGAAGAAGUACUGGGAACCAGUUAGAGACAUUGUCGACAGCAUGUACAGAGACAUCCCACCGGCUUUUGAAGACCAUGUUCGUAUAGAGGGCAUCGAGGAAUGCAAGGUUAGAACUGUUGCAGAUUAUGUGAACUACACAAAGACAUGGUCAGCAUACCAACUUUUCCUCAAGAAGGAGCCUUCAGAAGCAGAAGAGCUGCCUCGCAAGCUGAUGUCCAUACUGAUGGAAGAUGCUGGGAAGGCUGGAGAAGAUCCAGCGAAGACAAACCUUGAAGUGAAGACUCAGUUCUUUACAAUUUUGGCGAGGAAGCCAGGACCCUAAAGAGUAGAUUUUCACAGCACCAUUCAAGAUAAAUUUUUAAGCCUGUUCAUGAUGCAUAUCUAAAUGUAGCAAAUACUCAUGCAAGAAAAUUAAAUACAGCACAAAUAAACUAUCGUUUGUAUAGUUUACAUGUUCUUUUACCUUGAACAUUCUGUUGAAUGAAGCUGAAUCUGACUUCCUUGUC